AAUCAACUCUAAUUUUUCUACAGCACUCUUCACCAUGAAUUUUAAUGAACGCUCGUUAUAAUUAUAAAAGAGGAUCUAUGAAUAUUAUGUAACGGCAUCGUGUUUGAAAGACUCCACAAAUUGGAUAAUUCUUUUUUUGUUGGGUUCAUUACUGUUAUGAGACGGUUUAAACAAUAAAAUAUUUUCGAAAAAAUCAUAAAAAAAAGAGAUAUUCCUUUUUCCUCUGACUGAGCGAACAAUCAUAGAGUAUAAUUUGACACUACGAAGGAUGUAUUGUGGGUUACCUGACAGAAAGUAUAGAUGUUUGAAUUGAAACGAAAAUAACCAUGUGAUAUUAGGUCUUAUAUGACCUAAAUAAGAUGGAUAGAAAACCUGGCGUAUCUCCUCAUACCUGUAAAACAAAACGGGAGAUUUUUCAGAUUUACACCUACUUGAUUUCGAGUGAUCGCGUAAGUUUCAGAUGGCGCAUACAGCGUUCACAUUUGACAUUUCUCCCGAUUCUUGGCUCUCGUGUAAGAUAUUUUCGUGAAGAACAAAUGUUUAUGGUUGUUCAAAGGUGUCCCCUUCUCCCCUAAACAAUAUCUUAUAGACCUUCUUAAAUUAUUUUUUCCCAAAUAACUCUAAAAACUCGGGGGGUUCCAAACCCAAUCGGACCGCCCUGGCUACGGCUUUGGUUGCGCGAGGGUCUUCAAGACCGAUUCUUCAGCCGGUUGCCCUGCUCGCCACUCUAAAGGCCGCCACUGAUCCUGCAUCGCGACGCCGAAACGAACAUCAGAAAAUUUUCGAGAUGCGCAUGUAACCCGAAAUCCCAUGCUCUCCUCCUAGUGUUAAAUCCAUAGCAGAGUUAGGGAGUCAGGACAUCAGAGUGUGUCAGAACCGAUAGUGUUGUUAGCCUGUCAAAAUGUCUCCAUUAUCAAUCGGUAAUGAAUACUACGCGUAUCAAAUAUUAGGAUGAGGAAUAUUGGCGGCGAAGUGAAAAAGGUGUAGACAAUAACUCAAUAAGAAUGGUUGUGAAGAUCCUCGACGAAGAUCAUUUUGCUAUUGCUGCAAUUGUUACGGUAUCUAUGCAAAUUAUUUUCUUUUCAAUAGCUGCUACCUUUCAAAAAGACCAAGUUACUGACUUUGCCGGUGGCAUCAAUUUCAUCAUACUAGCAUUACUUACAUUCUUCUUAGGUCAGGAUCAUGACAGGAAAAAUUAUGACAGUCGUCAACUAAUGGUGACUGUUUGUGUAUGCUUAUGGGGCUUACGACUAUCUGGAUAUCUGUUUUAUAGAAUUAUGAAAAUUGGAAGAGAUAAAAAAUUCGAAGAUAGAAAAAGUAACAACAUUAGAUUCGCUAUAUUUUGGACAUUCCAGGCUAUUUGGGUAUAUGUUGUAAGUUUGCCAGUUAUUAUCAUUAAUUCACCACGCCAUACAAUACCCAAUGCUCCAAAAACCAUGACAUCGUUAGAUUCUACUGGAACCUGUAUGUUCGUUGUUGGUUUGCUAGCUGAAACUUAUGCUGAUUUGCAGAAGUUUUCUUUCAGAGCAGAUCCUGUGAAUCAAGGCAAAUGGUGUAAUGACGGUUUAUGGAGAUUAUCUAGACACCCUAACUACUUUGGUGAAAUUCUCUUGUGGUGGGGUGUAUUUGUGAUAUCACUGAACGUAAUUCAGGGUCCUGAAUGGGUGGCCAUAGCUUCACCGGUUUUCACGACGUUGAUAAUUUUGUUCCUUUCUGGAAUUCCACCUCUUGAGAAGUCUUCCGAUGAAAAAUACAGAGACAUAUCAGAAUAUCGUUAUUACAAAUCUUCCACAUCGCCUUUGAUACCUAUUCCACCUAAUAUUUACGAAGAAGUACCACAAUUCCUGAAAUUCCUACUCUGUUGUGAAUUUCCAUUGUACGAUUCUAUGGACGAGAAGCCCAAUCGCCACCAAAAUAUGAAGGACUCUGUUAGUAUUUCUAUAGACCAAUCCUAGCUACAUUCAAACUGCAAUAACUCUGAGAGAAGGGUACAGAUGACGGCUUUAUGAUUGGGGGGCUAUGAAGAAAUUAAUGAGAAAGAAAAAAAACCUUAACUAGAAUGAAAAAAAAAGAAAUAUAUCAUAUCAGUAAAUUAAAGAUAAAAUUAUAUAUGUAUCAGUUAUUUAUGAGCAACAGGUUAGAUAAAGAAAACAUGACGUGCGAAUAUAUACCUAAUUGGUUUUUGAUUUAAAACUAUAUAAGAGAUUUAAAGACAGAAUUAUUACAUAGCAAGGAAAAAGAAUAUUGGACAUGCUCUCAGGAGAAGCGCUAACCGUAGACACGUGUUUCGGGCUUUCGGCCCUCAUCAGUACGGUGAAAAAGUGUUAGAUGAGCAACACUUGAAGAAAAACAACAAACAAACGGAAUCCACAACAGAAGCCAGCCGUCUACGGUUAGCGCUUCUCCUGAGGGCAUGUCCAAUUAUUCUUUUUCCUUGCUUUGUUAUUUGACCCUCGAUAACCUUUCCCCAUAGAAUUAUUAUACAUUGCAAAAAAUAUGAAUUCAUCACUAAGGAAAUUUAAUGUAAAUAUUCGUAUGUAGGUAAUUUUUUCGAUUCCUGAAUACCUACUAUUGUUGAAUAAUAUGGUAUUUAUAUAUUUUUUAGAAGUUUACCCUGAAUUAUCCUACAUUUGAAAUUGUUGUAGACGAGUUUGAUUGUCUUAUGCUUAUAAGAAAAAAGUUUGAAAAUCAUGGACGAUUGAUUUGCAUAGUAGGCAUUUGAAAUUAGGCGUAUGCAACUUCAUUAGAAAUUCUUCCUACGAUGUAUCGAACAAAAUUAAAUGAGAUUCAAGAUUCAAAAAACUUUUGCAAAUCUGGUGAAAUAUGAUUGAAUACCUAAUAUAGAAAUCUUAAUAUUGUACAUUAAUAGGGAUGGUAAUUGUCAUAUGAAUAUUGAAUAAUUUACUUGUGCCAAUUUGAAUUAACACAUGAAUAACAAAAACCUUGUUAAAAAAAUAUUUCGAAAUUAAGUCAUAUCAUGGUUGGAUACAAUAUAAACUAUAUACCUAAUGUAGUGAUCUCAUGUUUAAAUGUUUCGAUGAAAAAUCAUUGUUGAAAGUUAUAUGGAAAUCUAUAUUGAUUUAAUAUUACAAGGACCAGUUCAAAUAUACCUAAGAGUGAAUAACAUUCGAGACAUUAUUUAUUGUUUAAACACUUCCAGAAAUCAAUGUUAGAAAAUAUAUUAAUUGAUUUUCAAUUGAAAUAUAAAACAUUUUAGGAACAUUGAGAUGGAUUGAUAGUUACCAUUAGAAAUUAUAAUAGCAGAUAUCGCCAAUUCCUGUUCCUAUAGAGGCGAUACUGUUUCAGUUCAUAUAGGAUAAAAUACCAUAAUAAAUUUAUUUUUAUAGAUAUUUAUUUCGAAUGAUAUGUUAUGAAUUGAAUGAAUAAACUUCUGUUGGAAUGAA